AUGGCCGAAAGCUCAGAAACUACCCCUCUUCUCACAGAUCCCUCCACUGGUCCCUCUGGAGGACAAAAUGAACAGACCAACACACUUUUGCCCAAUUCGACUGUGGAACCACCUGCUCCAUACACGCGAGCAACGUUCAUUUUGACUUGGCUAUCGAUUGCCCUCUCAGUCUUAACUUUUGGUUUCACCGCUGCCAUCGCUAUCAUGGACCAAUACUCUCCGCAUGACUAUUAUAUGGACUGGCAGAUCAGAGAGAGUUGCCAAAUAAUGAUUGGGCUGAGCGCCUUCGUGGCUUUCAUCUCCUCCCUCAACCUUCUCCGCCUGUAUCGACGUCGGCGCGCGACGUGGCUCUUGAACCUGAUCGUCGACGCCAUCGUCGCUUUCUACUCUGUUGGUUACUGCGUCAAUGGCCUCUCUAUGAUUAUAAGUCGCGCGUCGUACGGCUCCGACUGUUCGUCGGGUCCCUGGGAUCCCACCACCCCGCCAGACUACGAGACGCCGACCUGUGAAGCGUUUGCGAAGAAGAUUCGGAUCCUAGCUGGAAUUGGAUUAGGUUUUGGGUUGGCAAUGGCCAAGGACCUAAUAAGACUUGGAGGUUUCCAACUGGACAACUCACUGUUGAGUUUACGAUCAAAUUUUUGA